AUGGAGGAGAAACGCAAGGAACGUGAGGAGGCAGAACUAAGCCGGCAACAAGAGCCAGCACCCGGCCCAGCACAGGGUGAGGGGUUAGCUCUGCCCACACCUCAAGGUAAAGGCCUAGCCCCACUGGCAGUGCCGUCACUGCAGAGAGCAAAGGGCUAUAAGCUGCUGGAGGAGGAGAAGACCUCUCCAGUACCUCUCCAGCACCUCUAUCCUCUGGCCGAAGUGGGCAUGGAGGCUGGGAGAGGCAUCCCAGCUUUCCCAAGCCUGGAGGAGAAAGGAGAGGAGGGGCUGCCAAUGGAGAAUAUCUCAAAGGUUUAUGAUGAGACCCUUCCGUCUUACGCCCAGACCACUGAGACGACGGGGGUGAUUUUACAUGAGGAGGAAGUGAAGUCAGCAGAGGCAGAGAAAGGGAGAAUGGAGGAAUUAGCUGAUGAGGAUGUUGAAGUGCAAACAGCAGCAAAUGACAUGGAGGCAUCGGAUACGAUAGAGGACACUAGACCGCUGAGCCGAAUGAGUAAAGCCAGUAGCAGGGCCAGCUACAUUCUUAAGGAACUAACAAACACAGUGGAGGUAGGUGCAAUGGAAACAUCUCACAGGUUCUCUUGCUUGAUCACUAUCCUGUCAUACUUCUGGAUUCCAUCAAACGCAGACAUCAACACUGUAGCUGCCAUUAUAGGGAGCCAGGUCCACCUAUUCUGUCAAGAUGACUCUCUAGACACUCUUUCCCAGCUAACAUGGUUCAAGAAUAAAACCCCACUUGUAACGUUUGCGCCACAGCCACGGAAACACUGGCACUGUCAAGAAUGCCAGCUCCAAAUGAAUAUGUCGACAUCUGAAGCAGAUUCUUAUGCACUCAUCAUCAACACUGUACAGAGGCACCAUGGAGGCAACUACUCCUGUCAGACCACCACAGGCUCCGGAGUGUGGGAGAAGACAUGGGAACUCAACAUUAUUGAUACAGAAGAAGAAGAAGAAUCUCCUUCUAUUCUUAUAUAUAUUAUUUCUGCAAUCAGUGUUGGGAGUAUUUUUGUUGUUGGUUUAACCAUUAUCCUCUUCAAACUAUGUCGGAAAAGCAUACGCCCCGUUGCAGCAGUAAUGGUAAAUACUGUGUAUGAAUCUCAGAAGCCACAAGAAAUUUAUGAAAACUGUCUGGAGGGGAGGCACAGCCAAAGCCACCAUGUGUACUCCAACUAA